AUAUUAAAAGGGUAAAGAAAAGAGAGGAGUGUAAGGCAAAAGGAAGGAGAGCCACCCGCCACCAGCUGCCGCAGGAGGAGGAAGAGGAAGCUCUGAACCAAAAGAAAAACAAGGAAAAAAAAGAAGAGUAAAAAGUGGGGAGAGACUUGUGGGGAAGGCCAUAGCAACCUCAAACCCCACCAUUCAAUCAUCCACGAACUCUUUUUCUCUCUCUCUCCCUUCAAAUUCUUUUCAACUUCACUGUCUUUUUGGUGUAUAUAAUCAAUCUGUAAUUCGUCUCCGAUUAACCUUCCAAGCUUGUAAUUUCAUUUACAAGGAAACUCUUCCCCCUUCGCUUUCUCUCCUCUUCCGAUCCCGACCCAUUUGAGGAAACCCGGAGAUUCCUUCUUAAUCACACCCAUCAACCCUUUUCGGACCCGAUCGGAUCGGAUCUCAUCGUCCCACCAUGUCCUGUUCCUCUUCAUCCGGCUCCGAGGACGAUGAGGGAGUCGAUUCCUACAGGAAGGGAGGGUAUCAUGCCGUCAGGAUCGGCGAUCAUUUCGCCGCCGGCCGCUAUGUCGCUCAGAGGAAGCUCGGGUGGGGUCAGUUCUCCACCGUCUGGCUCGCUUAUGACACCCGCACCUCUAAAUAUGUAUCACUUAAGAUCCAGAAAAGUGCUCCCCAAUUUGCUGAAGCUGCAAUUCAUGAAAUUGAAGUUCUUUCAGCAAUUUCAGAUAGUGAUCCCUCAAGCUCCAAGUACAUUGUGCAACUUAUUGAUCAUUUUAAGCAUGCAGGGCCAAAUGGGCAACAUCUGUGCAUGGUUCUAGAAUUUCUUGGUGAUAGCUUACUUCGGUUGAUCAAGUAUAACCGAUAUAAAGUUCUUGAGCUGAAUAAAGUCAGGGAGAUCUGCAAAUGUGUUUUGGUAGGUCUGGACUAUUUGCACAGAGAACUUGGUAUUAUCCACACUGAUCUAAAACCUGAAAAUAUUCUUCUAUUUUCCACCAUUGAUCCCACCAAAGAUCCUGUGAGAUCUGGACAGGCCCCCAUUCUUGAGAGGCCCGAGGGGAACCCGAAUGGUGGAGCAACCAUGAAUCUCAUUGAGAAGAAAUUGAAAAGAAGAGCAAGGAGAGCCGUUUCUAGGAUCUCUGAAAGAAGAGUUUCUAUGGGGGGAGGAAUAACUCCAAAGACUGAGAGAAAACUAGAUGGUAUUGAUCUGAGGUGCAAGAUUGUAGAUUUUGGUAACGCUUGUUGGGCAGAUAAGCAGUUUAUGGAAGAAAUUCAAACGAGACAGUACAGAGCUCCUGAAGUCAUACUGCAGUCCGGAUAUUCCUACUCGGUUGACAUGUGGUCAUUUGGCUGCAUCGCUUUUGAACUCGCCACAGGUGACAUGAUGUUUACCCCAAAAGGAGGACAAGACUAUAGUGAGGAUGAGGAUCAUCUUGCAUUGAUGAUGGAGCUCCUUGGGAAGAUGCCUAGAAAAACUGCAAUAGGAGGAGCUCGGUCGAAAGACUACUUUGACAGGCACGGGGACCUAAAGAGGAUUCGGAGGCUGAAAUUCUGGUCUCUUGAUCGACUGCUGGUCGAGAAAUACAAAUUUUCAGAUGCUGAUGCUCGUUCUUUUGCUGAGUUUCUCAGUUCCAUUCUCGAUUUCGCACCAGAGAAGCGACCAACUGCUCAGCAAUGCCUGCAGCAUCCUUGGCUGAAUCCUAGGAACUUAGCUCAAAGCGAAGUGAAGAAUAAAUCAGAGGUUGAAAAGGUGAAUGUCGGAAUGAGCAACCUCCAGAUUAGAGUGGGCAAGUGAAGACUUGGACAGUCGAACUCAGCUGUUCGACUGCAGAGCAACACUGUUUUCAGGUUCUUUCCUCUGACCGUCGACCGUAAUUUUCCUCCCUGUUACAGGUCCAUUUUUUUGUUGUUUUUUUCAAAUGAUUUGAUUUUUUAUCAACUAAUAUAGCAUGUAAAAAUUAGUAUUAUUUUUCCAAGACAUUGACAUAAGUGAGUGAAAUAUUGACUACGGAUAUAGAAACUGUUGGUGGGAUGUGCUCUAAAGCCCCCAAAAGAUUACUGAUAUAUAUAUUUUCUACAUGCUAUCAAUAUGAUUGCCUUCAUUCUACAAA